CGCCGAGCGGCCGAGCGAGCGCCAUGUCGACGUGUGCGCCGCGCGCGUGCUGCCGGCCGCGCGCCCCGCCGACCCUACUUGACAUUACGGCCAAGAUAGUCGCCGCCGCGAUCCCGUUCCAACGCAUCGAAGAACGCUACGAACGCAUCCCGGAACCGGUGCAACGGCGCGUCGUCUAUUGGUCCUUCCCGAGAGAUGAGCGCGACAUUUGCAUGUAUUCGUCGCUGGCGCGCGCGCCGCCAGACGACCACCGCAACAUCGCCUUCUGCCGCGGCCUCAAGCUGCUGGAAGCCGGCUGCGUGGAGAACGUCCUACAAGUCGGGUUUCACCUUAGUGGCGUGGUUCGCGCUCCAGCCGCAGUGCCUCCCUGUUCCGAACCUGAAAGGUUGUUCAGAGUCACAGUUUCCUUCGACAGAUGCAAAAUAACAGGUGUAACAUGCAGCUGCGAGGCGAGAGACAUCUUCUGGUGCCAGCAUGUGGUCGCGCUGGCGCUUUACCGCAUCCGAAACGCAGAUUCUGUGCGAUUACGCGUGCCAAUAUCAGAAACCCUCCUUCAAAUGGACCGACAGCAGCUCCAGAAGUUCGUGCAGUAUUUAAUAGCAGAACAUCACACGGAGGUGCUGCCGACCGCGCAGCGCUUAGCUGACGAGGUGUUGCAGGCGAGGUCCGCUAUCAACAGGAUCUGUGGGGCGCCCGACCCCACAGCCGGACCUCCGCCAGACGCGCAUCACGCUUGGCACUUGGAUGAGCAGCAGGUCUGCGAACAAGUCCGAGCGUAUUUAUUACAGGGAACUUAUUAUAAUGCCAAUAAGCAAUUAAAUUCAUUAUUUUCUAAGGUGCGAGAAAUGUUACGAGCGCAAGAUUCAAACGGUCCAAGAAUGUUAAUGUUAAUGACUGAACAGUUCCUAUCAGAUCCCAGGUUGCUCUUAUGGAGGAAUCAGAACACUCCGAUGACUGAGAAAUGCCGGCAAUUGUGGGAGCAAUUAGGUGCUUUAUGGGUCAGCAUAGUUCUAGAUCCUGGUAGCAAUAAACAUCACAGGAUGCAGUGGAGACAUCUGCUCGAGAAAUGGUCGGCUGUUGAAGUUUGUCCGACCGAAGAUCCAGAUUAUAGAUCGUUUCCAUUGUACGCGAGAGAGCGAGAAAGAAGCGAGAGGGACCGAGACAGAGAUCACCGAGAUAGGGACCGAGAACGACAUAGAGAUAGAGAAGAGAGGGACAGAGAAAGACUGCGGGAGAGAGAGGAGAGAGACAGAGAAAGACAUAGGGAGAGACAGAGAAGAGAAAUGCAUUCCCAUUCAGAGAGUUCUGAUGAAGAAUCUAGACCUAAUAACUACGAACGCGAGUACAGAAGAGCGAGUAAAAGACUUAGGCUUCACAAUCAGAGGCCGGCACAGCUGACGCCGAGGACAGUGUUUCAUAAAGCCCUGGACGCGGUGGACAUUUCAUGGGAAAAUGAGCAUCUUAAAAAUAUUUUAAGCUCAGAUGAAUUCUGUGAUCCUGAAAAACCUGAUAAAGCUGGUGCUUCCACAGGCUCUACCUCACUACAGCCCUACCCUAAGUUUAAUGAAUUAGGACAACCCUUAUGGCACGAGCACCUGCCCGUGGUGGGCGCGCGCAUCGAGGCGCUGCGCGCGCACGGCCGCGCGCCCGCCGCGCUGCGCCUCGCCGUCGCCGCCGCGCGCGCCAUGCGCCACCGACAGGAGGUGGCCCAGCAACGUUGGCAGGAGGCGGGCGGCGGGGAGGCGUCCAGCAGCAGCGGCGCGGGCGGCGCGUGCGCCAGCGACUCGUGCGCCGGCCAGUGCGACCGCGCCAAGCUGUCGCUCGUGUGCGCGCACAUGGACGCCGGCGCGUGUCUGGCCGCCGCCAGCACGUGCGCGCUGUCGCACUCGCAGCGGUGCAUCGGCAGAGACAGUAGAUGCUGGACGGGUUGGACGCUGGAGGCAAUCUGGUGCGUGUACGAGUGUCUGGCCGACGCGUGUCUGGCGCCGGACGACCAGCGCGCCUCGCCCAGGCUGCACACGUACAUCGACGAGGAGCCCAACACCGGUCUGCCGCCCAGAUAUCAGCACGUGCCAGUAGCCGGUAGUAAGAAUCCCGAGGAAACGUACCUCGCCCUUGCUCUGGAAGCCGCUCUACUCGGCCUGGGCAUGCAAAGAAUGUUACCCAGCGGCCUCUAUGCGCAGGAGAGGUAUUGUAAGCAGGAGGAGCGGCUGAUCAGCCAGCUGCAGCGCGUGGAGGGCGAGGCGGCGGGCGGCGUGUGCGCGCGCGUGUCCCGCGCGCUGCUGGCGGGCGGGCCCGCGUCGUGCCUCGGCACCAAGCUGCACCCGCGGUCCGCGCCCGCGCACACCUUCGCGCGCUUCCUGUUCCUGGCGCUGCUGCCCGCCGACCCCGACCUGGCCUACCGCGUGGGCCUCCGUGCGAUGAGACUGCCGAUGGUGGAGGAGGCGUACGCGCUGGACGGCGGCGGCGCGGCGGCGGGCGGCGCGGGCGCGUGGCACACGCUGCAGCACGCCGAGCAGCAGCAGGCCGCGCUCGCCAGCGCGCUGCUCGGCGCGGCCCGCGGCACGCCGGCGCGGCUGCGCGCGGCGCUGGCGGCGGCGCAGCGGCACGUGCGCUCGGCGGCGCAGCUGUUCCGCCUGGCGCAGGACGCGCUGCGCCACGCCGCGCCGCCCGACGCGCCGCACCACCACCGCGACCUGCUGGCCGCCGCCUUCGAGCUCGGCCUGCAGGUCCUCCGUAUGACUCUCUCGGCUGUGAACUGGCGAAGGCGCGAGAUGGUGCGGUGGCUGGUGACGUGCGCCACGGAGUUGGGGCUCGACGCACUGCUCUCCAUCAUGCAGAACUGGUACGAGCUGUUCACUCCGACGGAGGCGACGGGCCCCGUGGCCGCGGCCGCCAUGUCGCACGCGACGGCCCUCAGGCUCGGACUCAGCUUCGAGCAGCAGGAGAAGCUCAGCGCAUGCGCUCGUACUCUAGCCUUACAAUGCGCCGCCAAGGACCCCCCCGGGUGCGCGCUGAGCGCGCUGUCGGUGUGCGAGGGCUCGGCGGGCGCGUUCGAGGCGGCGUGCGCGGCGGUGGGCGGCGCGGCGGCGCGCGGCGCGCUGGCCUCCAGCCAGCUGUUCGCCGUGGCGCGCUACAUGGAGCAGCGCGGCCAGCCCGCGCGCGCCAUGCGCCUCGCCACGCUCGCCAUGCGCAACCUGCACCUGCACUACAACCAGGACAGUCACCCCGCCAUCGCGGACAUCCAUUGGGCGGUCGCACUCGCGCACUCUCUGGGUCGCGCCGAGCUCCAGGCCAUGCUACCUCUCCUCGUCAAGAAUGUGCAGUGUGCGCCCGUACUGUCGGACGUGCUGCGGCGCUGCUGCGUGGCGGCGGCGGGCUGCUCGCGCGCGCGGCCCCCUCCCCCGCGCCCGCCCACGCCGCUCCGCCCGCUGCUCGAGGCCGCGCUGCGCGCCUACGCCUCCACCACGCACGCGCGGCUCGCGCACAUCUCCCCGCGCCACUACGCAGACUUUGUUGACUUCCUUGGUAAAGCUCGAGACACAUUUGCGCUGGCGCAUGAUGGUCCACAUCAGUUCGCUGCUCUAUUACAAGAAAUAAAGUUAAAAUAUAAAGGCAAAAAGAAACUAAUGUUCCUUGUCAAAGAGAGGUUCGGCUGAAAGUGUAGCAGAUAUUUAUCUCUUGAAAUUAACGUUGCAGUAAGUGAAAAAUACUAACUGUAAUGACACUACGUACAUGGCCAUACAUUUGUUGACUUUGUUUAAAAUUUUUGUGUUUAGAGUUUUAUUUUAUAAAUUUCGUGCAAUAGAUGGCCACGUAUUGUAUAUUUUUAUAACUAUAUCCAUUCGAAUAAAAGACAUUUAGCGUAUUCGUAAGAUUUAAUAUAUAAUAUGAAUCACGGCUGAACGUCAUUACCUCAUCGAAGUUCGCGCUAGCGUUCGUGUACUCAAUUUGUACCAAACCAGUCUUUUCUAAAGUAUUAUUUUUAUGUAACCUAGAUUAUAAAAUACCUCUUAGAUGUCGCAUUAAUGUAAGUAGUUAACAUUGUAAUGAUCUCAAUGAUUCCAUUGUGUAUAUAGGUAUAGUGUGUAAAUAUAAUCCGAGUUAAGUCUAGAUAAUUAGUUCGUUGGAAAAUGUUAGAUAUAUUUUAAAUAGGCGAUAAAUCUUGCGAGCGCUGAAAAUUGUAAAUGAUAAUAAUAUCGAAAAGCAUAUUUGUAAACGUCUAUCGUAUAGCGCUCGUACGAUGAAAUAUAUAAAUAAACGCCGUGAGUAUAGCGUCCAAUAGCAGUGGAAUCAAUAAUGAUUGAAAUGACACCACACCAAAGAAAUAAUAAUGUAAGCGAAUCCUUAAGCGUGGAAUGAGCGUUGCCAUCUUUCUUUCAGUAUUCUUGAGUAUUCAUAUAUAUUAGGUGUUCGUUUUUUUAAAACAUUAAGCUGUCCACUUCAUAUUUUUCUGUUAUGCCGCCAUCUUGGUUUUUGUUACGGCCAUUUUGUUUAAAUAUUUUUUUUGUAUAGUGAUGCUGCAUUUUAUUUGUAUUAUAUUCUUUCCCUCUAUAUUAUACACAAUUUCUAUGUUAGAGUAGAUGUAAAGAUUAAAAAAAGAAGUGCAUUUAUAAAGGUAGAAAUGUUUAAUAUUUAAAGAUAGACGUGACAUUGGAUAGUGUUCAGAAAUUAGGAUCAAUUGAUUAUGAUAGUAUAUAAGCUACGAGGGACUUUUGUACUUUUUGUGGUGUGUACUAGGGUUGUGCAAAGUAGCUAUUUUUGUUAUUUUUUUGUUGCUAAAGUAAACUAUCAUAGUUUUUUAAUUGAGCAAAACUUACCAAUGCAAUAAAUGAUUUUGCAAAUUCUAAAUUAUUAUUAUAUUUUUAUAUUUUUUAAAUUUUAUGACAUCGAAUAUUAAGUGAGUUUUGCCAACCCUAUAAUGUGUCAAAUCCGUUAAAGUUAUGAAAUCAAUAGAGCGAAAGAUUUUCUCUAACAUAUAUUUAAUUUUUAUUAAACUCUUGAUGUAAAUGAUGUAAACAAUCAAGCUUAAACCCAGAACUUAACAUUACGAAAUUAAAAAUUAGAGCAUUUUCGUUAUCCAAUAACUAUUGACAAAUAACUUUUUAAUUGCUUCUGCAUAUCGUUUUUAUUGCACUUAUAAUUCUGAUAUGUUUACAUUAUUUACAAAAAAAGAUUUAAACAGAUAACUUAAAUAUAUUUGAGAUUCCUCGUAAAAAAUAAGGGGUAAAUUGCUUUUAAUAAAAAUGCAGACUGAAGUUGUUUUACUAGUUUAUGAUCCUUUCUGUAAUGUAAUACAAAAUAGAGAAAUAUUUUGUAAAUUUUACUUACGAUUGCAGCUUACAAUAUUAAACAAAUAUAACUUUAAAAUUCGACGAGCAAUAAUUUAGUAGCCUUUAGCCGGUCUGUUUAUGUUUGUAUAAAAUUAAAAAUCUGCAAGGAAUGUCAUUUACAAAAUCAAGCUAUAAAUACACACUUUAAUUUCAUUUGGAGAAGUAGACAACAAAUAAUUUUAUAUAAU